CAUGGUGGACAGCAGCAUGAUUCUCAACAUCAUGGAUUGCAGCUCCAAGCAGGUGGCGGAUUUGACCUUGAGCGUGGCGGAUUACAUCGACCCGGAGCACUUGGAGGAUUUCCACAGGGUGUACAAGAACGUCGAGGAGCUGCAGACCAGGAUUGUCACCGGCAUCAUCUCUCCCUUGGGGGCUCCCAAGGAGAAGGGCGACCCCGAAAAGGAGCCCAAGCCCGAGAAGAACGUCCCGCCUGCCCCCGCUCCGGAUUGCGACCCCUUUCGGCGGGCCUGGCAGCCAUCUUGGCCUGAUCCGCUGGGCCCCUUUGCUGUGGGUGGAGAGGACCUGGACCCCUUUGGGGGCCGCCGGGGCGGUAUGAUCUCCGAUCCGCUCCGCUCCGGAUUUCGAAGGCCUCCUUUCAACCCAUCCUCCGGGCUCCCAAGCAGGCUUCCGCCUGGGGCUGUUCCGCCAGGUGCCAGAUUCGACCCGUUUGGCCCCGGGAGGGGCGGUCCUGCAGGGCCAGAUCCGGAUCACCUGCCCCCUCCAGGCUAUGACGACAUGUUCAUGUGAGGACGUUCCCGACUCCUGCUUCUCUGAGAGAGAUGCACCUUUGCCCCACCUUUCCCCUUUCUGGAGGACUUCAGUGUCUUCUGCAGUAUUUU